ACGAAGGAAAGAGCAGCAACGCCGGUGCCAUCGCUCGGUCGCCGUUCGAACCAGUGCUGACGUGGUCAGCUUCGGUCUCAGUCGCAGCGAGCUCGAGAUUUUCAGCGCGGCUGCCUCAAAAUUGUCCCCGCGUCGAGAUCGUGGAAUCACCAUCGCCCACGCUCGAACUUGCUCUGGAAGAGCGAGGCUUGUGACUGAAGGAGAUGUUGGGAGCUUUGAAAUUCAUCCCGCGCGAUGAGCUGGAGAAAGAGAGUUCGGAAAAGCCAGCGAAGAAGCGGAAGCAUCAUAAAGAUCGUGGGAAGGGCAAAAUUAAAAGCAGAGGAAAGAAAAAGCGACAAUUCGAGGACGAUACGAGCGAUUCCUCGAGCGAUAGCGACGAUAUCCCAGACCGAACGAACGAAGAUUCUGCACAAGGAAUCCGUGAGGAUGCGAAAUCCAAAAGGCGGGAGGCGGGAAUGGAGUGGAUGCUCAAAGCACCGGAGCGGUUGUUUGACAAACCUGCAACUGCAACUCCAAAGGCGGCCGAAGACCAUCCUACACUUGAUUCUGAGAGGCCGCAAGUACAUCCAAGGGAACUCAAUCCUUAUGUAUCCUCAGGAACAGAGGAAAGUGGAGUACAAAGACUGCCAAGACCUCCUCCUCCUCCAAUUGGUGAUGGAGGUGCUAGCUGGCGUUUGAAGGCACUGAAGAGAGCACAGGAGCAAGCUGCCCGAGAAGGGCGCCAACUAGAUGAGGUCGUCGAGGAGCGUUGGGGUUCACUCGCUACUCUCACCAGUAGUGUUGCGGUGAAAAGAUCAGCUCACGCAAACGCGCACCUGCAUGCUAUUAGAGACAGAAAGUCUCGAAAUGACGACGAGACUGUCGAUGGCGAGGAGAAGACCUUUCAGCGUCCAGAAAGAGGCUUCCAGGGUGAGAACCGUGACCGUGGAAGGGACAGAGAUCAGGUUUCACGGAUGAGAGUUCCUCGUGUGGACCCUUCUUUAUCAUGGAAGAGCAAGAAGAAGUAUGAUAAUCAGUCACUCCGUGCGGAAGAUGCAGCUAUCAUACGUGCUGCAGCGACGACAAUGAAUAAGUUCAGCAACGAUGGCUCUUUUUUGAAGAAUUUUAAACCUGAAGGACCAGCUGUUGCAGAUGAUCAUCCAGUUGCUGAGGAGGAUUCUUCCGUCCCGCCGCGGGGACAAGGUGAACGGCUCGUAGACAAGACAUCAGCAGAUAUUGCAAGACUGAGCAGGCUUGGUGGCAUAGUGGCAGAUGAUGCAGAUGCUAGGGAGGAUUUCUCUGUCCCGUCACGGGGAAAAGACGAACUUCUUGCAGCUAAGACAUCAGCUGAUAUUGCAAGACUGAGUAGACUUGGGGGCAUCGUAUCUGAUGAUAGCAGUAGCGAUACAGAAACGGCCCCUCAAAAAAAAUUACCGGACCCUCCAGUGAAAAACACGACACCGAGUAGUAGUGCUGGUCUUAGUGCUAAUCAAGUUGCUGCCAAGGCUAUGCGACUGCGUUUGAUGGGCAAAGUCGAAGAGGCCGAAAAGCUUACGAAAGAUUAUGAAGCCGAUGUUAAGGAGAAACGGGUCUCCAAACCCCCUACUCAGGAUGAUACUCCUCACUUUGUGCAGAGUGAGCGUCAAGGGUCAGGUAGAGGUGCUGGCAUGAACUUGAAUUCAGUCAAACCUCGAGACAAGAUCCGGGACCGGAACCAGAGCUACGAUGCCGAACUGGCCGGCAGUAUUUCACGAAAUAAAUUAUACAAAGGGAAUGUGGACGAUGAAUAUGAUUAUGGGGACGGAUGCGACAUGGAAGGAUCUCGAGGAAAGAAGGGUAAGCCGGCGAGGCCGAGCGUUAGACCAAGAGUAGAUGGUGUCAACCGAAUCUCAACGCAGCAGGAGCGUUGUCAGUUUUGUUUCGAGAAUGCAGAUAGACCUAAGCACCUCGUAAUCGCCAUGGCGAAUUCCACGUACCUUAUGAUACCUCCGCGGACUUCUCUUGUACCCUUCCACUGCUUCAUCGUCCCUAUGCAGCAUGAAGGUGCAACUCGGAAUGUAGAUGAAAGUGUCUGGCAAGAGCUGCGCAACUUCAAGAAAUGUUUGGUUCAAAUGUUUGCAAAGCAAGGCAAAGAAGUCCUUUUCUUGGAGACUGCCAUGGAACUGGCACGACAGAGAAGGCAUUGCUACAUUGAGUGCAUCCCUGUUCCGUCGGAUGCAGCUAAAGACGCUCCAUUAUACUUCAAGAAGGCAAUUGACGAAGCUGAAGACGAAUGGAGUCAACAUAAUUCUAAAAAGCUUAUAGAUACGCGGCAGAAGGGUUUGCGAAAUAGCAUACCUAAGAAUUUUCCGUACUUCCACGUAGAAUUUGGCAUGAAGGGUGGCUAUGCCCAUGUUAUUGAUGAUGAAAGCACUUUUAAAGCCCAGUUUGGUAUUGACGUGGUGGCGGGUAUAUUGGAGCUUCCAGAAGAAGAUACUUAUGGACACCGUAGGCCAGAUACUUACGAGCAGCAGAAGAGAAAAGCUGCAGAGUUCUUGAAAUUAUGGGAUCCUUUUGAUUGGACCAAAAUGCUGGACUGAUGGUGUCCAGCGAGUUAUACAAUGUACAUUAUCACGUUUAACUGAUCUAGAUGGAGAAGUCGAGAUUGAAUCGGAAUUGUGAAGCAUCUAAUCGAUUAUUAUGCAGAUUUUCGUGCAUGUAAAGGGUAUAUUCUUUGUCAAUAUGCUGUAAUUUUAGCGUCCUGCAAAGAGGACGCUUAGUAGAUUUGGAGAAGAUCAAAUUAUAAUGGCAGAUGUGAUUUAACAUCCACUCUCGCAUAUUGUCUGCAAGUCGUGAUGCUAAUUUGGUUCAUGAUAUCACUCAUUUCCUCGCCACUCCAUCACGCUGAGAAGGGUUACGACACCCGAAAUUUAACGUCGGCGCACGUCAUCUCAUUUCGUGGAACAAAUCUGCGAGUCUUUUUACAGAAGAUUUUGGUGUUGUCGGUCUUGUGACCAAGUAGAUUACAUUGUACACAUCGUUGUGUGUAAAGCAAUAACGAUAUUUUCUCAACAUGUCAUUGUACACGUGAAUAAACAAUUGUCUCCUAACCACUGCGUGUUGUCAGACCUCGAUGAUCUCGAGAGAUAGUUCCUCCGGGUUGUGCAAGGUACAAAUACACGGCAAUCGUCCUGUACCCUUACAAGCUUUACAAGAAAGCUUAAAAGCAGUGUCCUUAUCAGCAAUAAUUUCCCUCUUUUGCAGCCAGCCCAUGCUCCAUCUCUCCCUCU